UUUUUCCCUCCUCCUAUUUUCCCAGCUCUCUCUCCUCCUUCUACCCCAGCCUGAUUAGUGGAAUUAGAAGUGCAGCAAGAGCAGGAGGUUUCUUGUUUCCAGGAUGGAGUUACUGAGCCGCCUGCUGUGUCCUCUAUAAAGUUGGACUCCUGACUGUCAUCUAUACAGUAUAUGUACACACUCGUGUUACUGGACAGCCUACAUUAAUAACACUUUCCUUAUCCAGGCCUUGGGAUUUCUCACAAUAAUGUGGAAAAGCAACAAAAGCAAAGUGCUUAUAGAAGAUACACCUGAUGAAGAACUUCAAGCCCGACCAGAACCCCAGAGUAUGGACCAGCUGCUUCAGACUGAAGUACAGUCACCAGUUUCACAGCUUGCUACAAAGGUUCAGGGUGCUAGUUUUCGAGGCUGGAAGGACGUGACCUCCAUAUUUAACAAAGAUGAUGAACAGCAGCUAUUGAAAGGAUCAAAAUCUCCAAAAUUGAAUAAAACGUCUGUGAAACCAAAAGAGGAAGUGAAGACUGAAAAAAAACCUGGGUUUUGGGACAGUUUGGCGAUAAAACAGAACACUCAGCCCAAGAAAGCGGAUGAGAUUGAGGGUUGGGACCCCCCGCAGAUUACCGUAGAAGAGCCGGCGUUUAUUCCAGAAGAGGCGUUAGAAGACAGCCAUUCCUGGCCAGGCUGGGAAGAGGAAACCAAAGGAUCCAGCAAAUAUACAAAUCUGACGAGUUCAGGAAACAGCUCCCGGUGGAGCAUUAAAUCUGCCGGGAAAUUGGUUAGUAUUAGAAGGCGAAGCAAAGGUAACCUUACCGAAAGCUGGGAAGAGUUAGAAUGACGACUGCUGUCAUGUAGCAAUAUGCAAUCGCUCUCCCUAAAAUGGGUAGGUUGAACCAUUUUCAUCUGGUCAUUUUAUACCAAAAUCUCCAAAGUAUUGUAGACCUAUGUAGUUUUAUAUUUAUCGGAAUCCUUCGGAAAUAAGAUUUGCACUUCUACUUUUUUUUUAAUAGUAGAAAAGUAUUAAAGUUCACUUUUUUUCCUAGUAAAAGAAAAAAACCUUCCUAUGAAUUAUUAGGGUGCCUUGAUUGUGCCUCUGUUACUUUUUCAAAUAAAAACAACUUGGUUUUACCAAAAAUCGAAGUAAUUCCUUAGUGAAUGUAUACACUGGUUGUAAAUUAGACUGCCUUAUACUGUUACCAGUAAAGGUUUUGCCUUGCACAUAAAACUGUCAAGUGCCUGUAUUUCACCUUGAUGAUAAUGUAUUAGUGAUGCACAGCUUAAUUUAUUGUUAAGUUAAUUUUCUUUUCAGUUGAUAUUAUUAUAAUGAAGAAAGAAGUAAAAAUAUUUACAUUUUAAAAAAAAAUGGGCAGUUAGAAUGAAAUAAGACUUGUAUAGAAUUUUAUUUCAAGGAUAGAAUUUGAGAAGUGUGGAUUUAUGAGACUGUAUUAUGUUUGAGUACAUAGUGUACUUGCAUUACUACUUAUUGUAUUAUUCUAUUAUGUCUGUUAGCAUAAUAUUUCCUGUUUGCUGACCAAAGUAGGGAGAUGCAUUGUGAUGUUAAAAAAAAAAAAAUUAGAAAAAGAAA